UUCCUUUCCGUUUACGUAACAGCGGGGCACCACUCAGGCCUGGCUCCAGACCCGGAAGUGCUAGUGGGAGGGCAGCGGAAAGUCUGAGUUCUCCCCUAGCAACCGCUGUAGAGCGCCCUUAGCAGCGGCGGCCAUGCCGGUGUGGGUGCGGGAUUACAGUUGGCGGCAGACGGACACUGCUGUUUUCCUCUCCGUGCCGAUGCGGGGUGUCCGGGUCACCCAGGCAAACAUCUUCUGCACUGACCAGUAUCUGAAGGUAAAUGUUCCUCCAUUUUUAUUUGAAGCCAUUCUUUAUGCUCCGGUUGAUGACACUAGUAGUACAGCAAAGAUCAGAAAUGAGACCAUUUUCUUCACUUUAUAUAAAAAAGAAGUGGCCAUGUGGGAAUCCCUGGUUAUGGAAAAUGGUGACAAAGAGAAAAUGCAGAGAAUAAGAGAGAAUGCUGUCAUAAAAGCCCAAGAGAAGGCAGAUGAAGAGGAAAAAUCAAAAGCUGUUACAAAACGAGAACAUAAAAAAUUAGCUCUGGAGGCCACAAUGAAGCUAGAAGAAACAGAGAGAAAAAGAAUUGAAAAUCUGAAAGAAGAGGAGCGAAAGAAGGUCACUGAGGAGCUGGAGCUAUGGAAAGAAAAGCAGAGAAAUGAGGAGAAACAAAGAAGGAUACAAAGUGAAGAGAAAAUACGUAGAGAAAGGAAACUAAUAGAGGAGAAGAAAAAGCCAGAAAUAAAUAAAACUCUAAAUGCAGGAACUUCCAAGGCUAGAAGUAUACCUACAAGAGCUGGUAGUUCUGGAAGUAUAUUUUCAGAGAAGUUAAAAGAAGAAUCUUUCCCUGCUCCUCGAUCUGCUGGUACUAUUCAAAUUAAUUUCACAUCUCGGGUGUUUCCUACGGCUCUCAGAGAAUCCAGAGUAGCAGAAGAGGAAGAGUGGCUGCAUAAGCAAGCAGAGGCUCGUAGAGCAAUGAAUGCUAAUUUUUCUGAGCUGAAGGAUUUAAAUGAGGAGGAGAAGAACCCAGACUGGUUGAAAGACAAAGGAAACAAAAUGUUUGCAACAGGAAACUAUCUUGCAGCUGUAAAUGCCUAUAACCUGGCAAUUCUGUUAAAUAAUAAGAUUCCAGUACUAUAUCUGAAUCGUGCUGCUUGUCACCUUAAAUUGAGAAACUUGCACAAGACCAUUGAAGAUUCAUCUAAGGCACUAGAAUUACUGAUACCACCUGUUCCAGACAAUGCUGAUGCUAGAGUGAAAGCUUACGUGAGGCGUGGGACAGCAUUUUGUCAGCUGGAAUUGUAUGCUGAAGGUCUCCAGGAUUAUGAUGCUGCUCUCAAGAUCGAUCCUACAAAUAAAACUUUAAAACAAGAUGCUGAGAAGAUUCAACAUAUAAUUCAGGGAACUGCACAAGAUUCUUAACAAAGUCUAUGGAAUCAGGAAAACACUUAUUUCAAAUUCUGCCUAAGCCAGUGAAACCACCAGACAUUUUGUUGCUGCACUCAUCCCAGUUAUAAAAUUGGGUAAAAGAGAAGAUACUUCUCAUAAGAACUACUAUAAUUUGAGUAAAUAUAGUGCAGAAAGAGAAGUAAAUAAUACACAUUUUAUUUUCUUACCUGUUUCCAAAAUUGUCAUUUGUUUUCUUUGUAUGAAAUAUUGGCUAGCCUGAAUAACAGAACAUAAUUUAUUAUAUUUAAUUUCAAAUCUGUUAUUAAGCAAUCAAAUGUAGUCUCAUGGAUUUUUAAAACAACUUCAGUGGUUAGUCAACAUUAACCAUGUUCAUAGUUUUGCUAACAAAGUUAAAAUGCUAAUGUAGAAACGAACAGCUGUCAGAACCGUUGUGAAAUCAGAAGCCAUCCAAUUAGAAAUAUUUCACAUAGGACUAGAACUUACAUAAUUGUAUAUGAAUUUGCCCAAACAACCCUAAAACACUUUCUUAAAAAACUGGAGACAAAAUUUUCAGCUCCCAUUGAAGACAAAGUUUUCACAGCUUGGUGCCUCUCAAAAUCAGGCUAUGUAUUUAGGUGCCUAACUUUGAAUUUAGGUGCUUAACAUCAGGCACAUGACUUGGAAAAUCUUGGUCUGGGAGAGGGUUAAUAUAAUUCUUGUAAAAUGCAGUAAAAUAUUAUUUGAGUGUUAAGCAAUGUAUAUUAAAUGUUUCUAACCCAUUCAAAAAAAUUUGACCUAUAUUGAUUGAACUGACCAAACAGUUAUGAUGCAAUUGUAAUUUUGUCAGUAUUAAUGCAUUUUAAAUGAAAAACAGCAAGUCUGCUGUUGGCUAAAUACAUCUGUAGAACUUUUAUUUCAUAAUGGCAUUAAAUUAAUGUUGUUAUAAAGUG